AUGGAAAGUGUUGGAAUUAAUGAUACGUAUACAUCAUUCUACGAAGAAAGUAGCUUCGAGAACGUCACUGACGUCGUCACAGAAGACGAUGGUCCCUCAGCAGGUUUCCCCAGAGGUUUGGACGUCGAGGGAUUGGUCUUGGGGAUCCUACUCGUGAUCCUCAUCUGCGUGACCAACAUCCUCAGCUUGGCUGCCUUCAUCGUCGAACGCCGUCUCCGAACCUACAACAACUACUUCAUCAUCAAUCUCGUGUUGGCUGAUCUCGCCAUAGGCGUCAGCCAGACCAUUGGCGUCUAUCACACCUUCCUAGGGCGCUUUCCCUUUUCGCAAGGAUUCUGCAAGGUCUACAUCGGUGUCCGUCAGGGUCUCCUCUUCGUCUCCACCCUCCAAAUCGUGGUCAUCUGCAUCGACCGCUAUCGAGCAACCUACGAUCCUAUCAACCACUUCAUAUCACGAAAUAAACGGAAGGCCGUCAUUAUGAACACCCUGACUUGGGUGGUGGGCUUAGGUUUCUGGCUCUGCUACUCCACCGCCUGGGACUUCAUCGUGAAUAUCAACUCGACUCAGAAUUGCUUUGCUGCCUACAUCCGAGACCCCAUUGCAAAUGUGAUACAGAAUGUCCUUACCUUCUUUGUCCCACUGGCCAUCAUCUGCUUGCUUUACUUCAGAAUCUACAUCAAGAUCAAGGCCUCCAUUGGUGGAAAGGGUGUCAGUCGGGACUUUAAGGAUGGCACGCAAAACGUGAUAGCAGAAAUUCGUGGAGGGGCUUCUGUGGAAUCUUCUAUCAUCAGCAGCACCGAAAUGAAGACAGUCUGCGAAGAUAUAAACAACCUGACUGACAGGAACGUUGAACCCGUCAAAGACAAAGACGAAACAGAAAAGGCCGAGAAAAGGAGUGGAGCAAACCGCGAAUCCAAGAACGAGAUGCUGAAAGCCAAUCGUACCCUGUCUUACAUCAUCCUCUCCUUCAUCAUUGCCUGGUUACCAAACGCCAUCAUCUAUCUCCUCUACUCAGUCAACCCGGCUCUCUUCGGAGCAUUCCCGCGAGAAGUGCGCCGAUUCUUCGUUUAUCUGCUGAUAGCGAACAGCUUCUGCAAUCCCAUUUGUUAUGUCGUGUCACAACCGCUGUUUCGUCGUACCGUAUUGGACCUUUUCAUCAGGCCGCGGAAAUACUGCCACCAAUAA